CUCAGUUUCCUGUUAAGCAGAGAAUGUGAAUGUAUCGCAGUCUGCAGUACAAGGUGUUCACAGAGUCAGAACGAUAACAUAAAUUCAGAAGCACAUUGUCCAGGACGAUACUGAACUGACAGUACAGCUGAACGUGAUGGAUCAACUCUAUGUCAAUGUACAGAAACCCUCCGGUAAACCCAGCAAAAGAAAGGGUGUAGUAAAAGAAAAUAUUUAUGCAAAUGAAGAAGUGAUCCACACUCUGGUGCCAAACACAACUGGAAUAGCACUCCCAGGUGCUGGAGAUGAGAGGAAACAUUUCUGCAGAGGUGCUGCAGUGUUUCUGGGUCUGCUGUGUCUUCUCCUCCUGACUGGACUUGUAGUUCUGGUUUUCCUGUUCACCAAGGGAAACUCUGAGAGGAAAAUGGAGAUGGCCCUGUUGCACAACAGUUACAACAAUGUGACCAGAGAAAGAAAUGACUUACAGAUCAGUUACAACAACGUGACCAGAGAAAGAAAUGACUUACAGAUCAGUUACAACAAUCUGAUGAAAGAACUGGAUCAGCUACAGACCAGAUAUAACAAUCUGGCUGAAGAACAAGACCGGCUCCAGAAAAGGUUUGAGAACGUGACCAAAGAGACAAAUGAUCUUCAGAAAAAGCUCCAAGAUCACAAACAAUGGGUGUAUUUCAGCGGUAGUCUCUAUUACAUUUCCUCACAGCAGAAAUCCUGGCAACAAAGUAGAGACGACUGUCUGCAAAGAAAUGCGGACCUGCUGAUUAUUAACAGCAAAGAAGAACAGGACUUCACAAGGCGAUUCAAACGACUCCUGUGGAUUGGACUGACUGACCGUGAGAGAGAGGGGGCAUGGAAAUGGGUGGAUGGGAGUCCACUGACCACAAGCUACUGGGACUCUCGUGAACCUAAUGGUGUGUCAGGUUUCAGAGAUGAAGACUGCGCAGAAAUAAAGUACCCUGAAAAGGAAAACAACUGGAAUGAUGAAUGUUGUGACUUUCAAAGAUUUUGGAUCUGUGAAAAGACAGUGGCUCUAUAA